AUUGCAGCUGAAGAAUUGAUUAAAGAGGAGAAAGUGCAAGUGAUUGUGGGCAUGAAUACAUGGCAGCAAGCGGCUUUAGCUGCUGAAAUCGAAAACCAAGCUCAAGUACCAGUUCUUUCAUUGGCGGCAUCAGCGAGUGUCCGGCCGUCGAGGCGGCUUGGAAGGCCCACGCUGAUACAAAUGGGCAGCAAUAUUUAUGAACAGGUAAGGUGCAUUUCAGCCAUCGUUCGCUCCUAUCACUGGCGAGGGGUCAUUGCAAUCUACGAAGAUGAUGCGUACGGUGGAAACGCUGAGAUGUUAACUCUUUUCUCUGAAGCUCUUCAAAGAGUUGGAUCGGAGAUCGAGUACCAUUUGUCUCUUCCUCCCAUAUCAUCUCUAUCUGAUCCAAGAGAAUCAGUAUAUCAAGAGCUCUUGAAGCUUCUGAGCACACAAUCCAGGGUUUUCAUUGUUCUUCAAUCAUCAUUACCAAUGGCUACCCAUUUGUUCCAAGAAGCAAGGCGAAUGGAUUUUAUGGGGAAAGACUCAGCCUGGAUCAUUACAGAUAGCAUUUCAAGCUUCCUGGAUUCCAUGGAUACCUCUGUUAUCCCCUAUAUGGAAGGGGCUCUAGGAAUCAAGUCCUACUAUUCCAAAUCCAAUAGGCCCUUCCUAGAAUUCUCUGCUCAGUUUCAGAAAAAUUUUAAAUCCGAAAACCCAGAGGAAAACAACACCCAGCCGGGAAUUCAUGCACUGCGAGCAGAUGAUAGCAUUGCUGUCAUCGCACGGGCCCUGGAGAGAUUAGCUAGUGAUGAUACUAAUACUCCAAAAAUGAUGUUAAAAAAUAUAUUAGCAAGAAACUUCAGUGGUUUAAGUGGCAACAUUAUUUUUGAAGGGGGUGAUCUAUCAAAUUCAAAUUCGUUGCUGUUCAGGAUUAUAAACGUUGUUAGAACGGGCUACAAGGAGCUUGACUUUUGGACGCAGGACUUAGACAACCCUUUCAGAAGAGAAGGUCGAGACAAAAAUAGCAGUAGAAACACCACAAAGGUUUUGGAUGGUCCAGUGAUUUGGCCUGGGUACCUAAUAAAACGUGUCCCCAAGGGAUGGGAAAUGCCCACUGAUGCAAAACCAUUGAAGAUUGGAAUUCCAGCUAAAACCUCUUUCGACAAGUUUGUGAAGGUGGACGAAGCCGAAGCCGAAGCUGACAAAAGAUAUAGUGGUUUCUGUAUUGAUAUUUUCCGCGAGGUGUUAAAAAUUUUGGAGCAAAAUUACUCUCUACCCUACGAGUUCCAUCCAGUUAUUGGCACAUACGAUGAGCUGGUUGAUUUUGUUUAUAACAAGACCUAUGAUGCUGUGGUUGGGGAUGUGACCAUACUAGCCAACCGUUCAAAAAAAGUGGAAUUCACAGUGCCAUAUGCUGAGUCGGGAUUGGUUAUAGUACAAGUAAGUUCUGAAGAACCUCAGAAGGCAUGGAUGUUCCUGAAGCCUUUCACCAUGGAAAUGUGGGUAGUCACAGGUGCCCUCUUGAUCUACACCAUGUUCAUAGUAUGGGUACUGGAGUACCAAUCCAAUAAUCCGGCAUUCAGAGGCCCAUGGAAGAAUCAGCUUGGGACUGCUCUUUGGUUCACCUUCUCUUCUCUUUUCUUUGCUCAUAGGGAGGCAAUUCAUAGCAAUAUUACUCGAGUAGUGAUAGUGGUGUGGCUAUUUGUUGUCUUCGUCUUAACCUCCAGCUACACUGCUAGUCUCUCUUCAAUCCUCACUGUCCGACGACUUGAAUCCAAUGUGACAGAUGUGGAAUGGCUAAAAGCUACCAAGUCUGUGGUUGGUUGUGAUGGUGAUUCAUUUGUGAGGAAAUACUUGGAGAAUGUGAUUAAAUUCAAAGGGGCUGAUAUCAAGAAUAUUAGCAACCAAUACCAAUAUCCUGGCGAAUUCCAGAGUGGGAACAUCUCAGCUGCCUUUCUUGAACUCCCUUACGCAAAAGUUUUCAUCAAUCAGUUCUGCAAGAAUUACACUGCCAACCAACCCCUCAACAGAUUCGGAGGAUUAGGAUUUGCCUUUCAGAAAGGAUCUCCACUAGCUGCUGAUGUCUCUAAAGCCAUCCUAACCAUAUCUGAGAAGGGGAUUCUAAAAUCAUUAGAAGAUAAGUGGUUUCCUCGUUCUGCAGAGUGUUCCACCAUCGAAAUUGAUGAGCUAAGCCUACGGAACUUCUGGGCUCUCUACUUUUUAUGUGGCGCCACUUCCACCCUCUGCUUUCUAUUGUUCUUCCUUUGCCUGUGAUAAGCCAAAGAUAGAGGAAGUGGUUACGGAUCCCAGGUGAUAGUCUUUACUUGCUUUCUGUUUCCUUUAUUUGUGUUGUUCUGUUGUAACAACUUCUUUCUAGAAGCUCUUGUGAG